UGAAAAGCGAACAAUUUGCAUGUUGCUAGGCAACAGAUGCAAGAACAUAUUUAUAUUUGCUGCUUAUUUAUGUAGUAAUAUUCGAAUUUUGCUUUUCAUAUUUUGCAUAUUAGUUGCGCAAUCUAUUAAAUUUUAGGUAAAUUCUUAUGUUACUAAAAUCUUAUGCGCUUUAAUGCAUUAUUUGCAAACAUUUAUUUAACUGUUUCGAAAAGAUAAGUGUCUUAAUUAAUUCCUUAUUAAAGUCGGUAGAAAAUGGCUGAGGGUGCGAGACGUUUUUCAAAUCGAUCACUCAAAAGAAAAUCUGUCGGUAGUUCUGAUGCGGAUGAAAAAAAGAAAGUACGGCCGUGUGCGAAAGCAGGCUGCAACGAUAAUCAACCAGAUUGUUGUUUACUUUUAAAUGAAAACUGUACGAGAGAUGGAUACACAUCUCGUUGGUAUCAUAUGUCUCUCGGAGAACACUUUUGCAAUAAUUGUUUCGACAAUUUGUACAGACCGGGAAGAACUUGCAAUUUAAAGUUUUGUGACUGGAGCAAUGAAUGGACUGCUGUUGCUCAAGUUACCAAACCCAACAUAAAACGAUAUGUUGCCAACGAAUUGUUACCUUACUGGGUAAAAUGUGGCGAUGUUAAAUGUGGAAGGUGGAGAAUGGUUAAAGAACCUGGUAACAUUGAUUCAGAUUUUAUUAAAAAUUUCAAGUGCCAUAUUGCUUCUAAUGAUAUAUCCUGUGAAAGUCCUGAGGACAAGUUAGUUUCCCUGUCUUCAGAUCCUUAUUUUAUCGACCAAUUAACCGAGGUCCCUCAUUUGGUUAACUCUCCAGCCGGACCCUAUCUUAAAAGAAUUUUUCCUGAGAAUAUUGGAUUAAACCCUCUUGAAUGUACGCAAGCGUUGCUGGAAGAAAUUACUGAUAUAGAGCCAUUUUCACUCGAUCAAUGUGGUGAAGCGUGUAUAUGGCCGAAACCAGAUGCCAUGGAUGAAGAAGAAAAACUAUUCGCAAAUAAUUGUAUGAUUUCAUCUGCUAUGUAUUUAGGUUUGCGCAAUUUAAUUGUUGCACUGUGGAAUCUGUCUCCUAAAGAAUGGUUAGAUGUGCAUAAAAUAAAUACGUAUUUAAUAUGUAGAGGUCUAGUUAGAAUUUAUUUAUAUUUUCUUUCUGAAUUAAUGUUGAAAUUAUUGACUCAAAAAUCUGUUAUUAAUUAUGGAAUACUCGAAAAUCCAUCAUUAGUUGUACCUGAAAGCUCUGAACUGGAUGUUCUUAUUGUUGGAGCUGGUAUUUCAGGUUUAGCUGCUGCAAAACAUCUUCAAAAUUUGGGGAUGGCUGUUACGAUAUUUGAAGCUGAUUGUAAAGUAGGUGGACGGAUUUCUAAAGUGGAUGAUUCAUUAGCAUUUCAAACCUAUAUUCUGAAAGGAAUUUUAAAUAACCCAUUUAAAAUUUUAGCUAUUCAAGCAAAUCAAGAGUAUCAAAAAUCGAAUGGAAAUUCUAUAAUAUUAGAUUCAAAAGGAAAAGUUGUUCCAGAAAAAGUCGAAUGGCUUGCUCAACAUUUAUUAAAGGGUCUUGCUCAAGGUGCUCUUGAAAAUGCUUCCCAGUUACAAAAAGACUCUAAUUGGUACGAUACUUUACUUGGAAACUUUGAUGUAAUUUCUAAAUCUUCGUCUGUUCCACUAGAUAAAAAACUAUUUCUCCAUGUGCUAGAUUUGUUUGAACUGGAAUUGGGAGUAGAUUUUAGGGAUCUUUCUAUUUUAAAUUGGGAAUCAAUUCUAUCUCUUAAAGGAGAUAAUGUUUUCUUUCCCAAUGGUAUUAAUAUCAUGUUGGAAAAACUUUCUGAAAACCUUAAUAUUGUUUUCAAUGCUGAAGUAAAAGCAAUCGAUUACAGUAAAGAUAAAGUGGAAGUGAUAACUUCCAUUGGUAAAUAUUGCUUUUCCAAAGUCCUUCUCACAGUUCCUCUUCCUGUGUUGCGAAAUAAUGAAAUUGUUUUCACUCCUCCGUUGCCAAAUUAUAAAAUACAAACAUUUAAACAUAUAAGUGAUUAUAAAUGUGCCAAGCUGGUUAUGCAAUUCCCCAAGAAAUUUUGGGUAAGAGAUGGCCAAAAAGAGUUUAGCGAAUUCAGCGUAAUAUCUGAUGAUAAAUUUUUCAGCUCUUUUCUUGAUUUGACGGUUAAUGAUGCAUAUUCUACUCCAACGUUAGUGGCUCUUCUUUCUCCUAGAGCUUGUGAAAUAUUAAAAGAAAUUGAUGAAGAAAGCAUUUUAGAAAUUUGUAUGAAAUUUUUGAAAGUUACUUUUUUGCUUAAAAAAAGAAUACCUUUACCUUCUAAGUGGUUAUUGAUUGGGUUAAAUGACAGUUGCUGUGCAGGAAGUUAUUUGAAAGUCGGGAGUAAAGUGACUGCAUUUGAUGAUAUGGCCGAAAGUGUUGAGAACAAGCUUUAUUUUGCUGGGGACUCUACUUUUCGUAAUGCACCUGGCUGUUUGACUGGAGCUUACUUGAGUGGAUUAAGGGAGGCUUCAAAAAUAUCAGAACAUUUUAAGCUUUUGUAGACAACUAUUUUUAUAACUGUGAUAACAAUAGGAGGUACUUUGGGAUUAUCCCACCUACCAGUACAUUGGGUUUAUCCCAUUGACCUGUACUUUGGGAUUACCCCGUCGACCUGUGAAUGCUCACGAAAGUGUGCAAAUCCUUAGGUGCCAUCAUAAUGAAAAGCAAUUUCCUAAACAAAUAUUCUAAGCAUGAUAAAUUUAUUGCAUAAUAAUAAUAACAAAAAAAUAUUAGUGUAAAAAUAGGUAAUGAAAAAGUGUAAUAAAAAGAAUCAAAACACAGUAAAAACCUUGAAUUUUUUUUAUAAUUUCUCAUUGAAUUAUUCUUAUUAACUAAAUAUGUUAUUAUAAAUCUUUCCAGCAGCCGAAAUUCCUUGAUAGCUUUUAAAACGCAAACGAACAAGUUAUUAUCCUUGUGCAGUCAUUGCCACAUAAAUCCCUUUAAAUAUGAAUCCAAGUGUUUUCAAGUAGUUCCACUGUUUCUCAUCUGUCAAAUAAUAUUAAUCUCUUUGGUGCUAGGCAAAUCCCAAAUUCAAAUCAUUUUGCAGAGGCGUUAAAAAAAAACAGUAUAUUUCAACACGCUAAAGAAAACCAACUCAUGUAGUUAAGGUUUACACGGUAAAUAUGAUGAAAUUUGCUGUCAUUGGUGCAGAAGUUGCCUUCUGGCGAAAAUAGUCAGAAUAAUCCCAAAGUACCCAGUAGUAAAUUUAUUAUUAAUUUUUAUGGUUGAAAGUUUUAUUUUAUAAUAAUGACUUUUAUUAUGUUUAAUAUGUCCGACAAAUAAUGUAAUUUUUAAAUUUUGAGUAGUAAAGUAAGAAAGGGAUUAUUUAUUUAUAAUAGCAUAAAUGCAUGUUAAUCAAGAUUGAUUGAUUUUACUCCUCAAUUGAUUUUUUUUAAAUCAAUUAAUUGGUUGAAUGGACUAGAUAUCCACAUAAUAGAAAAAUGCUUACACAUUACUGAAAAUCAUGAAUUGCUGAGUUAAUUUUAGUUUUAAACCCAUGAUAUAUUAAUUUUGGAAAAUUUGUGUUUAUAUAUUGAAUAAUUUUUUUUAAUUUGUUUAAUGUUUUUUUUCUUCAAAAAUCAUGUGACAAAGUUAUGUUUUUUUAAAGUUUUUUUUUAAGUGUUUUGGUCCAGUCACGAAUAAGACUGAUUUUGGCAUUCUUAGACUAAACAGAGAAUUAGAUUUGCAGUGGUAUCAUCAUUUUCUUUAUCUUUUGGUUGCUAGAUAUUUAUAUACUGUCUCUCCUCUAGUCACCGCUAUCUGAGUCCUGAUGACUCAGUGAUUAAAGGCACGGUUCGGUUAAGUUAUGACCAGGGGUGAUUGUAUUCCGGGGGUACCCUGGUAAUCCGAGUUUUUCUUAUCUUCCUUCUGGGUCUAAAAACUCGAAGCGGGGCAUGCGAUUUUUGUACGAAUAUUGUAGAAUUCCAACAAAAUAUUGGAGCUUUUUCUAAAUCCUGUUAACGAAACAUUUACAUAUGUUCUUCAGUCGAUUACGGGAAGAAUUAUGUCUUACGUGAUUCUUCCACCAAUUUGAUUCUUUUGGUUUGGCAAACUUUCGCCGUUUUGAAUAUUUAAAACUGCAUCAGAAUCUCCUAAUAUAGCGAUUAAUUGUGCAUCACAUUUCAUAUUCACGUGAUUUAAAAGUCCAACAUUGCGAUUUGUAUUUACAUGUUUUUAAAACCUGAUAUCGCGAUUCGUAUUUACUUUUUCCCUAAAGGCAUGUUUUAUUUCCCUUUUUAAAAUGUAUUCCAAACUACGGCCAUUCAAUUUAUAUCUAGAAAUGUUUGGGGUCCAGGUUUCCAUCUGGUACCUUCAGUACUCUAGGUGGUUGUACCCUCAAUCUUUCUAGCAGCACAAUCAACUACGUGCCAAGUACUUUUUCUCAUUGCAUUUGCCCAUUACUACAUGAAAUUAAUCUAACUCUGGAAGCCAGCGACAGGAUUCGCGAUCAUGUGGAUGAAAGAGAAAAAUUUCCUUUUUGAUGAAGCAAAUGGCCUACACUGAUCAUCCUGUUAUUUACUUUUUACUAAGACUGGCUCUGAUCAAAAAAAAUUCCACCCAAGAGCGCAGCUGGGUCUGCAAAUAUCAAAAAAAUUUUAGCAUCAUUUGUUCAAAACCUACCUUCAAGAUUAUUUUUUAUCUUCUCAUUUUUAUCAAAGGGAUCUCAUUUAGUUGGCCCCAUCUAUACAAACUAUUCUAAACUUACCUAAUCCUGCCCAGCUUCUGAUCAAUGAAUACUAACUUGUCUUUAUUUUUUUUUAAUCUAGCUCCUCAAGAAAAUAUUUGCUGUUGUACUUUGUUUUACAAUUUCUUAAAAUUUUAAGUUUUUAAUUCAAGUUGAAAAUACUUGAUUACCAAAUUAAUAUAACAUGAAAUUUAAAAAAAUAAUAAUACGAGAUACUUGAAACUUUAUAAUUUUGAAAAAUAAUAGUUAUGAAAGGUGCUUAAUUGUACGUACAAAUCCAAGAUACUUUCUACUCUUUUUUUAAUUGCAACAUUAAGAAAAUUUAUGUUGGUCUAAUUUAUUAUGUUAAAAAUCUUCAAGGUGAAUUUUAUCAAUUCAUUGAAUUAAUGAUACCACUAAAACAUCAGUUUAUGGAAUGCCAAAUAUAUAUAUGUAAGCUAGUCAUAAUGUUAUUUCAAAAAUUUUGUAAAAACUUCAACUUUUUGUCAUUUAAAUUUAAAAGUAUGAUAUUUUUUAUGAUGUAUUUUAUACAAUUUCUUAACAGUUCGGCAGAAAACUUUAAUAAGCUAAGGUUAAAUUAACAUUUUGUAGAUUAGCAUUUUGAAUGUAACAUGGUUUUAAUUAUAUCUUAACUUACUGAUGUAAUUUUUUUGUAGUACUUUUUAUUAAAUGCACUUUGUAAAUAAACUUGGUUAUUUUUUA